CAUUCAGCUGCCGCUCUCCUGUCGUGUCUACUGAAGCAAUGGUUGAAACAACCUAAUUCCGAUGAAUUGAUCUUCGUACAGCGUCCUCUUUGGGCUCGACGCAGACGCCACACUUCCGCCCCUCUAACCAUUUCACCUCCUCACCUCCUCACAUCCGGUAUCACCUCGACGAGUCCACUGGCGUCUAGAUUCCUGAUGGUCAAGCAUCAUACAGAGUGUCAAAGGUCUUCCUGCUUGCUCCGGACCCGAUAGCCUGAGAUUAGGUACGUCAGCCAACCUAUGUACACCGUCAGCACAUUACGCUUUGAAUAUCAUGCUCCUGUCAGUGACAGGCAGGAUGACUGUUUUGUGAGUUGUCUGGGCUCUGCAGUGCCUCAGAGCUUUGACUCGAGGACUCGUAGUGAUGGAAUCGAGAUGGAAAUUUGGUGGACCACGCCCUGCGACCCCUCUGACGAGAUAUUCCGACGGCCUUCAGGUGUUUUGUUUUCGAAAAGUCUGCGAUAUCGAUGGUGUUCAUUGAUUCUCAGCAUCGCAUUUCAUAAUGGUACAAUUCUUGAUGGCAUAUGUCCAGUACUGCCACUUGUUGGCUGCAGGCGCCAGCACAACUUGCCGCUCGAUACCCAUCAGUUGAGCGGUGCAAAGCAGCGUCAGGGCUUUCAGAUAUCUCUCCGAUGGCUAUUCUGCGAACACUUCAGUGGAGUGUCGAAGAUACGGUAUGGAUGAGAGUCUGUCCGUGUGACUCACGUCGAGGCUGUUGUGGCCUGCAUCCCAGGCAAAGUCCUCCAAAGUCGCGUAAAUGGGCUGUACGUACAGGCGUCCCCGCGGAGAUCUACACCCGUUCACGUGGCGGAUGCUGAAUACUCUAAACCCGCCCCGGAGCGGGAUUACUUCCUAGCCUUGGAGUCAGCACGAAUGACGCAUAGGACUGUUCGUCGGGGAAAAUACAAUCAGCACUCAGAGAAAAAUAUCGUAGAUGGACUGGGAGAGUGGGCUCGGGCGAAGCGCUGACGUGGUGACGGCGACAAAGAGUGGUCGCGGGAUUGGAGUCUGCGGAGAACCAAUGGGGAAUCGGAAGCGGUGACGCACACCGACGGCGAGAUUCAUCGGAUUCCGGAGCCAUUUUAGGCAGUGUUACGUAAGAAAGUGGCAUGACGCGUGCGGGUUGUGGGCCCACCGCCGAAGCUUGAAUAGUACACUUCCACUCUUACGCGCUUCCUUCCUCUCCUCUACCACCAUCACCCUCUAUUCACCAGCCCUCUAGCCGAUGUCGCCUUAAUGUUGUCCACCCUCACGUCUUUCCUGCCGUCUGCGCUGCAGUUUGAACCCAAGUCUCCCAGUCCAUACCCUCAUCAGACUGCGGAACCACCGAGAGUUGCGGAUGAGGUGGAGCCUGUACCAGGCAAGAAGGUCUCGGGGGAGGAGGUCGCUGUGAAGAAGAAGGAGCGCAAGCUCGCGAACGAGACUUUCAUCGUCGUGCGACCGCCACCGGCUAAAUCCAAUCAUCCCCUAAACCUCCAAGUCCAGCUCGUUCCUCCCAAAGCCAAUGAUCGUUCAUCAUCGAGACGUGAAUCCCUUGACCAGGGAAGGCCCAGCACUGCGGGGUCCGAGACCGACGUUUCCCUCUCUCGUACACAGUCCAACAGGUCGGAUGUCUCCAUGUACUCUGGCUACACCUCCGUCUCCUCCUUUUCCUCUGUGGCGUCCACAUCCACCGGCAGUUCUUCUCGUCGAAUGAUCAUUCCCCUUUACAAUCUUCAAGCCCAUAACGUCAUGGCGAAUGUGAUAGUUGAUGCCGGCACUGAUGCCAAGAUCGCAAGGUUUGCCAGACGCGGAAUGGAGCUCAUCGGUCUAGCCGUGCUCGAACCCAUGGAAGUAUUCGGUCUCAACUCAAGCCUCACCUCUCCAGCCAUCUCUCUCCCAACUCCUAACCCCCGUCGGAGCAUGGACGCACCCAUGGACACACUGAACGCACAUGACCGCCCCGAGACGCCCACCUCCUCCAGCUACUCCAUCUCCUCCGCCGGCCUUGACCAUCAGCCCCCGUCGGCGUUCGCCCCUUCAGCAGCCCCUCUCUCACCACCCGCAGAAACCCCUCGCCAGAAGCGGAUCUUCAGCAAACUCUUCAAACGGAAAGACGGUUCCGCGACCGGACACAGCCCAGCCACGUCCAUCUCCUCUCCACCGGUCUCUCCCUCUCCCACGAACUCCACCUUCCUUAAACCCGUCCCACGCGCUCGCACUCUAAAUGCGUCUGCCCACUCUAAACGCUCUUCCGUUCUCAGCGAUGGGGGUGACGCCGCUCCACCUCCGUCACCUGGCAUGGUCGUCGCGCUGCAGCCUGCCGUGCUCGGUAUCCAGCCCUCCUUGAAUUCUCCGUAUAAUCCUCCGCAUGGCAGACCUCACAGUUAUGCGUGGAUCGUGCGGAAGUGGAUCAAGGGGUCUAAUUCGGGGCUGUUGAAUAAUAUGAUGGGGAUGAUGAAUAUUUCGGGAGAUGAGCGGCGACGAUCGGUGCAGCCACCGCAGGGCGAGUUGCCUGGGCUCGUGGAGGUGCAGUUCAUUUGGUCUAGAGGGAAGACAAAGGGGGGCGUGAAGAAGUCGAGGUCGAGGGUGAAGAGAGAGGGCACGAUCGAUAGUGUUGCUGGUACCGCAGGACUAGGACGCAGGUCGAGCAGGCGGGAGAGUACGGGUUUGAGCUCUGGUACGCCGUCUGCCACGUCGUUGAGGGAAGCCGCCACGUCACCAAUAAGAACAUCUCCCGGUCCGUCGAGGAAGGAGAAACGGCUGUCGACGGUGUCGAUCGGUACGAACACUGAAGAAGCGGGGAGUGAGACUGAAGGGGCAUCACCUUCUGCGGGCGAUGGCACGCGGAGGUUACAGGGAGAGGAGGACGAUGGGAACGAGAGUGACCCAGAGGACUCUGAGACGCCCUGGACGUGUGUGCUCUCCGUGCGUAGGCCGGACAGCGACCACGGCCACAGUCGGAUUAAGAUCAAGGUGGCGACGGUGUCGCCUACGCCACAUCAUCCGAAGGUCGUCUCGCUGUUGAAGAUCCCGUUCCCGCUGCCUGAUAUCGUGGUGGAGACGAUGGAGGUGCGGAAGAGGGCGGUGACGCCGCAGGGGAUCGCGCGUCCGAACUGGAACGACGAUGCUGAUGCGGGUUUGGUGCUGACGGCGGAGGAGAUCAAAGAUAUCGCGAGCUCGACAGCGUUGUGGCUCGUCGUGCGGGAGGGUAUCGGAGGGGUGGGUAAGGUGAAUAGGAAGGGUGACGGGUGGAGGAUCAGGGCAUGAGCGGUUAUGUCGGAUCUGGCUGUCGUGGUGUUUUCUUCAUCUUGUGCGCGAUUGGUUUCUCUAUCCAUCCUCCAUACUCUCUUUCCCUCUCUCUCUGGCCUUUUCGUUCUUUCGUUUUGUGGUUUCUUUCCGACCUGACUUGCGGGAAUGUGUAUCGAUCGUGUAUGACCCCCCUCCCUAUUCGCCGUUUUUCAAAUUUAUGCCUUCCAGUAUCUAUAUUAUCUUCCUCCUUCGCUCGGAACAUACGUAUUUUGCCUUUGACUACACAUCCCAGAUUCCCUUUUUGUUUCCAUUCCUUUUGACUUAGCUACUAUUCGCUCUUCUUUUUGACUUAGCCACCUACCUACUCGUCUUCUGUUCACUUUUUUUUCUUGUCUCUUGUCGCUGCCCCGGGCCCUUGCUAUUUAUUGCGAACGUCAACGUAUUCGUAUGUCACGACAGAAGUACUCAUCCAUCGAAUUCACCCAUAAUAAUCAAUGUCGC